AUGGCCCAGGCCAUAGGGCUCCUGCCCUACUCGCUCCAAACUUUGACUUGAGCCCUGGGGACCUCGGCUGGAGGAGGGGUUUUCCUGGAAGGGACCUCCCCCCCACGCCAGCCCGCUGCCCCCUGCCCGCUCCUCCAGCCCCUUUCCCGACCCCAGUCUGCCUCCUGAGCCCCAGCCCGCCUCCUGAGCCCCAGCCCUGGGACUGGGAUGGCUGGAAACACGGAGGAACCCGAGCUGUCAGCUUCCUCAGAGCCCCCGGAUCUCUGAUGGUGAAGGGGUCCAGCGAGCCGUGUGUGGAGGAUGUUAGGCACCAGCUGCAUGCAGACCCUUCCUGUGACGCCCUCCCCAACAAUGUGAUUGGGCUGCUGGAUGUGUUCACGCCUGACGAGACACUGGAUGACUUCACAGACUUCUACCUGGUGAUGCCGUUCAUGGGCACCGACUUGGGAAAGCUCAUGAAGCAUGAGAAGCUGAGUGAGGACCGAGUGCAGUUCCUUGUCUACCAGAUGCUUAAGGGGCUGAAGUACAUCCACGCUGCUGGCGUCAUCCACAGGGACCUGAAGCCUGGCAACCUGGCGGUGAACGAGGACUGUGAGCUGAAGAUCCUGGACUUCGGCCUGGCCCGGCAGGCAGACAGCGAGAUGACCGGGUACGUGGUGACCCGGUGGUACCGGGCACCCGAAGUCAUCUUGAACUGGAUGCACUACACGCAGACGGUGGACAUCUGGUCCGUGGGCUGCAUCAUGGCCGAGAUGAUCACGGGGAAGACGCUCUUCAAAGGCAACGACCACCUGGACCAGCUGAAGGAGAUCAUGAAGGUGACGGGGACGCCUCCCGCGGAGUUUGUGCAGAGGCUGCAAAGUGAUGAGGCCAAGAACUACAUGAAGGGCCUCCCUGAGCUGGAGAAGAAGGAUUUUGCCUCCGUCCUGACCAACGCGAGCCCCCUGGCCGUGAGCCUCCUGGAGAAGAUGCUGGUGCUGGAUGCGGAGCGGCGGGUGACGGCGGCCGAGGCGCUGGCCCACCCCUACUUCGAGUCUCUGCACGACAUGGAGGACGAGCCCCAGGCCCAGAAAUACGACGAGUCCUUUGACGACGUGGACCGCACGCUGGACGAGUGGAAGCGUGUCACAUAUAAAGAGGUGCUCAGCUUCAAGCCUCCCCGGCAGCUGGGGGCCAAGGUCUCCAAGGAGACAGCCUUGUGAAGACGCCUGGGCCCUGGCUGGGGCUCCACCUGGACGGGAGACCCCGUCUGCCACUGUGACCUUGGCUGAGGCUGGAGUCUCGGGAGUCCCUGUGCUCCACGGAAUCUCUCUUGGAAGCCUGUUCCUCUGCUCGCAGACCCCAUCUCAGCCUAUCCUUGGAGGAGCAUCUGGACUUUCUGGACAGGAUGCCCACCUGACCUGGGGCUGGGCUCUGACCCUGCCAGCAGCGGUCCCCGUCCCCAGGACGCACCAGAAGCUUCAGAGCCAGUGGGGUGGGACAGGACUUGGGGUCAAGUCCUGGCCUCUGACCCUGCCUUCUCUGAACUGUGCUGAGAAGGAAGGACAGGAUGCCGACUCCGGGAUGCGUCUCCUGAGUGUGUUGUGUGGACGCUUCUUCACCCCCAGCCUGGAAUGUACAUUGGUCACAUGGUGUGGCCCCUCGGCUGGAGGAAAUAAACCCUUUUGUAGGUCCCA